GUUGUUGACUCAGCAUACUUCGUCUUAAGAGUCGUCAAUGCCAUGAUUAAUCGCCAUUCAGAAGCCAUUUAACAUCAGCUUCCACCCCACAAUCUUCGAUUAAGUGGUGACGGCCGCCAAGGCAUCUCGCCGAAACCACCAAAAUACAAACCGCAAAUGGAACAGAGAUCUGCUGGGGGGCAUGACGUCAUCGAAUGUGAAGACUGGCGCGAAACCAUUACAUAGUUUAGUUGCUGUGUGGAAGAGUCUUCACUUCGCCUUGCCGUAAAGCAGAGCCAAUUCGAUCGCCAAAAAGCACGGUUAACCGCCUUAAAGACCAUUUCCAAGGCAAAAUGGCACUACAACCAUUUCGGGACGAGCAGUUAAACUAUUUCAAAUUCGCGUUUAUUGUACUGGAUGAGUUCCCAAAAGCCUUACGUCAGACGUUCACGUCCAUGUGGGACAACACUUUGACACAUCUUCCCGGUCAUCAGCCAUGGGAUGACUCCGCUGCGAUAAGAAAUAAAUUCCUUACUUCAGAGGGUGGCCCCGGCAGAACCAAAGUUCCCACAAACCUCUCCUAUGAAGAAUGGGAUUGCACCGCCCUGUUCCAGGCCACCAUCCACGCCAAGUCCUUUGCUUUGCCCGACAGUGGAGGUCAUCACAAGACACUCGGUGAGCUGUUCGUGAAACCUCGGAAAUUGGCUCAUGGAGUUUUCCAUGCAUCGGUGACCAGCCCGAGCGGAAACAAUGCUGAAACGGUUGCACUCGCGAUUGAUCAGGUUCGACUUUUAAGAAAUUCACUUUUUCACUCGCACACUUCUGAAAUUACUAAAGCCACCUUUGACCAGUACGUGAAGCACGCUAAAGAUGCAUUUGAAGCUCUUGGUGUCAAGACGGACCCUAUUGAUGUCAUCGGUGGUUUAACAGAGUCAGAAUUUCCCACAAAUAAAGUUCGUAAACUAGAAGAAUGUAUCAAAGAGGAAAAUCGAGCGUUUGUAAGUUUUCUGCAACAACAGAAUCAACAUCUGGAGGGCAUUAGUUCAGAUGUGAAAGCCUUGAAGCACAAAAUGGAAGUCAUGCCUACCAAAGAUGAUAUCUUCAAGAUGCUAGAACAGAUAAUCAAGGACUUGAUUCAGGCGCCAGCCCAGAACAAGCCAGAUAAAAAUCUGACAUCCAUUAAACCAACUAAAGAUACUUUACUGGAUACCCACACUGCUGACCAAGACAGGAAACAGGAGGAGGUCCCUUGUUCAUCACAUGGCUUGUUGAAGGUUGAAUAUGAAACCGCGGUUACACAUUUGAAAUCAGACGAUUUCGUCUCGGCUCUUCAGUCUGCAAAACGUGCGCUUGACAUUACGCGAACUCUGUUUGGAGAAGAACACCCUAAAAUGGCUAACAAUCACUUAUUGGUCGGGCUCAUACAAAUUGAUUUAGGUAACUACGCAUCAGCUUUUCAGUCUUGUCAAAGUGCGCUUGACAUUAGACGAAAGCACUUAGGCGAGGAACACCCAGACACAGCAAAAAGCUAUUUUUCUCUGGGCGUCACACAAAAUUCCUUGGCAGAGUAUGCAGCUGCUCUUCAGUCCUUCCAGCGCGCCCUUGACAUCAGGAGAAAGCUGUUCAGCGAGCAACACCAGGACACGGCUCUAAGUUACCAUUCUCUGGCGGUCACACAAUAUUCCUUGGGUGAUUAUGUAUCAGCUCUUCAAUCUGACCAGCGUGCCCUGGACAUCAGGCGAAAGCUGUUCGGCGAGGAACACUCAGACACAGCCAACAGUUAUGAUUCUCUGGGAACCACACAACAUUCCUUAAGUGAUUAUGAAUCAGCUCAAAAGUCAAAACGAAGUGCCCUUGACAUCAGAAGAAAGUUGUUCGGCGAGGAACACUCAGACACAGCCAACAGUUAUGGUUCUCUGGGAGCCACACAACAUUCCUUAGGUGAUUAUAAAUCAGCUCAAAAGUCUAAACAGCGUGCCUUAGACAUAAGGCGAAAGUUGUUCGGCGAGGAACACCAAGACACAGCCGAAAGUUACUCUUCAAUCGGGAAAACACAAAAGAAACUAGGAGAGUUAACCUUAGCUCUUCAGUCUAAACAACGUUCACUUGAUAUCAGAAGAAAAUGGUUGGGCGAGGAACACUUAGACACAGCAGAAAGUUACUAUUCUUUAGGGGUCAUACAACAUUCCUUACGCGAUUAUGCAUCGGCUCAAGAGUCUAAACAGCGUGCCCUUAACAUCAUGCGAAAGCUGUUUGGCGAGGAACACUCCGACACAGCGAAAAUUUACGAUUCUCUGGGGGCCACACAACAUUCCAUAGGAGACUGUGCAUCAGCUCAAAAGUCUAAACAGCGUGCCUUGGACAUCAGACGUAAGUUGUUCGGCGAGGAUCACCCAGACACUGCUCGAAGUUACUCUUCAAUCAGGAAAACACAAAUAAAAUUCAGAAAGCAGACUUUAGCCUGUCAGUCUAAACGACGUUCGCUUAAAGUAGGAGAUAAAAUAAAAAGGAAUUCUGAACAAUAAUUUAUCGUAUUUAAGCAAAGGAUUUCACCCAGGGAACACUGAUAUGUACCGAUGUGGCUCAAAUCCCUUUGGUGAUUUCGCUAUUCCGAGGCGUGGUGCGGAAAUUUCUGCAUAUCAGUGAGCCGAUGCGCAGAUUGUUUAAGGGUGGUGUGUUGUCAAAGGUUUUAAAUUUACAAUAUGGUGAACCCGUAGAUAUACUGUAUAGAGUAUGUAACCGUUAUUCUGUCUAAAGUGAAGGUAAAUAGUAGCGGUUAUUUGCCGAGGCGCGACAGAGGCAGAUCAUUGUGUAGCAUAUACCUUACAAAUACCGAAAAAAUUAGUUCGUAUCUAUCAUUAUACCGAAAAAUGUCAGAGUUUGGACUCUUGGCGCACGAUUUUGUUUCUUUAGCUGCUCCGUGGUGAAAAGUACUCACUAAUCACAUCCGAAUUAGUCAGUCAGCGCGCGCGAGAAGCACUAUUCCCACUCAUGAUUCACACAACAUCCGUUGGUGAUUAUGAAUCAGCUCCAGAGUCCUGUCAGCGUACCUUUGACAUCAGGAGAAGUUGUUUGGC